UGUGCACUGAAGUUAAGAUAUGAAGAGGGCUUUUUCUUCCCUUACAUCUAAGGGAUCUACUGCAUCCAACACUACGAAAGCAAAAACUUCACAUCUUCAGGAGGCUGAUAGCUUUGAUGAACCAUUACCAUCUAAAGAAACUGUACCAACACAGGGGGCAGAAGGGUCUGAUGGAGUUACUAGUUCUGAUCCGAAAGAGAUAAUUGAUUUGGGGGGAAUGACCGAAGCAGAGUUCUUGGAGGCAUUGAAGAAAAAUGAAAGGGCAGAGAUAUGGGGGCAUUUCUCCAGAAAGUUUGAAUGUGGUAAGAUCAAAGCAUUUUGUAAUUAUUGCAAACAUAAGGGUUUUGCCGCUCACCCUAAGCAUAAUGGUACUACUGCUUUGAAUAAUCAUAUGGAAAAAU